AGGACGUCUCCUCCGCGAAAGGGUAGGGAUGGAGAUGGUCGCGAGGGCGCGUGGCCACGGAUGGAAGCAGAGGCAUAAGUGGAGAAAUCCUCGGAUCACCAAAUCGUCGGAAUCUUCCAGAUUGCGCUUGUGUGCGUGUUGGUUAGAAACGAAUGAAACAAAUCCGAAGCCUGAGAUCAUCACUUCCGUUUGCUUUAGUUUUGUUGUGAUUUAGCCAGAGGGCGAAAGGAAAGGGAGGCAUGGCGCGCUCGAGCGCGGACGAUAUGGAGCUAAGGCGGGCGUGCGAGGCGGCCAUCGAGGGCAAGCAGAAGGUGGUGCUGUCCAUCCGGGUGGCCAAGAGCCGCGGCGUCUGGGGCAAGGCCGGCAAGCUCGGCCGGCACAUGGCCAAACCCAGGGUUCUCGCCAUCACCACCAAAUCGAAAGGCCAGAGGACUAAAGCUUUUCUUCGUGUUCUAAAAUAUUCCAGCGGAGGAGUUCUUGAGCCUGCAAAAAUUUACAAGCUAAAGCAUCUUUCAAAAGUGGAAGUUAUUCAAAAUGAUCCCAGUGGCUGUACCUUCAUGCUGGGCUUUGAUAAUCUUAGAAGCCAGAGUGUCGCUCCUCCUCAAUGGACAAUGCGCAACAAAGAUGACAGGAAUCGAUUACUUCUCUGCAUCUUAAAUAUGUGUAAAGAGAUAUUGGGCCGUCUUCCAAAAACUGUUGGUAUAGAUAUUGUGGAGAUGGCUCUUUGGGCAAAGGAAAACACUCCUGCAGUCACAAAUCAAGUCAGUACCCAAGAUGGACCAGUUGCAUCUCUUGUGACACAGAAUGACUCACAAGUUACUGUUGAAAGAGACCUUGUUUCGCAAGCUGAAGAAGAGGAUAUGGAGGCUCUUCUUGGCACCUAUGUUAUGGGCAUCGGUGAAGCAGAGGCAUUUUCAGAAAGGCUUAAGCGGGAACUUUUGGCUCUAGAGGCUGCAAAUGUCCAUGCCCUUCUGGAAAAUGAACCUAUAAUAGAAGAGGUAUUACAAGGACUAGAAACAGCAAGUAUAUGUGUGGAUGAUAUGGAUGAGUGGCUAGGUAUUUUCAAUGUGAAGCUCAGACAUAUGAGAGAGGACAUUGAAUCGAUAGAAUCGCGCAACAAUAAGUUGGAGUUACAGUCAGUAAGUAACAAAUUACUUAUUGAGGAACUUGAUAAGUUACUUGAACGCUUGCAAAUUCCUUCUGAGUGGGAAGCAGCUCUGACAGGAGGCUCAUUUGAUGAGGCAAACAUGAUUAAAAAUAUUGAAGCAUGUGAAUGGUUAACUGAUGCUAUCCGUAAUCUUGAAGUGCCGAAUUUGGAUUCAUGUUAUGCAAAAUUGAGAGCUGUCAAGGAAAAACGUGCUGAAUUUAUAUUACUAAAAUGUACAUUUGUUCGGAGAGCAUCAGAAUUUUUAAGGAAUUACUUUCCUAGUCUGGUGGAUUUAAUGAUAAACGACAAGAGCUAUUUUUCUCAGCGAGGACUGUUGAAAAGGCCUGACCAUGCAGAGCUUAGGUACAAGUGCAGGACUUAUGCACGGCUUCUACAACAUAUAAAGAGUCUUGACAAGAAUUGUCUGGGCCCUUUGAGGAAAGCUUAUUGUCAUUCUCUUAACCUGCUACUUCGUCGAGAGGUCCGUGAGUUUGCUAAUGAACUUCGUGCAAGUACCAAGGCUUCAAGAAAUCCAAAUCUUUGGCUUGAGGGCCCCACAGCUUCAACUCAGACAGCAAAUAAUGCUGAUACUUCUUCACUUUCUGAAGCAUACUCAAAGAUGCUGACAGUCUUUAUUCCUCUUUUUGUAGAUGAGAGCUCUUUUUUUGUGCAUUUUAUGUGCUUUGAAGUUUCUACAGUUGCUCCACCUGAUGCUCCAGGUGUUGACAGAACUGCUUCUAAUGGUAAUGUUACAAAUGAAGAAAAUCUCAGCAAGAUGGAUGCUCUGGGAAAUGAUGUCAAACCCAGUAAUAAUCCAGCCGAAUUGGCAAUGUUAAAUGAAUGUCUGCAAGAGUUGCUUGAUGGAGCCCAGGAAGAUUUCCACUCAGUGGUAGAUUGGGCAUGCAAGAUUGAUCCUAUGUGCUGCAUAUCAAUGCAUGGGAUUACAGAGCGCUACCUUUCUGGUCAGAAAGCUGAUGCAGCAGGCUUUGUGCGUCUGUUACUUGAUGACCUGGAGACCAGAAUUUCAGUUCACUUCAGCAGGUUUGUGGAUGAUGCUUGUUACCAAAUUGAAAGACAUGAACGCAAUGUUCGACCAAUGGGUGUUGUACCCUAUGUUCCAAGAUUUGCUUCUCUUGCAACACGUAUGGAGCAAUACAUCCAGGGGCAAUCAAGGGAUUUGGUUGACCAGGCAUAUACAAAAAUUGUUAGCAUAAUGUUUGUGACUUUGGAGAGGAUUGCACAGACUGACCCAAAAUAUUCGGACAUUGUACUGUUAGAGAAUUAUGCAGCUUUCCAGAACAGCCUUUAUGAUUUAGCCAAUGUUGUUCCCACACUUGCAAAAUUCUAUCAUCAAGCAAGUGAAUCUUAUGAGCAAGCUUGCUUGCGCCAUAUCAAUAUGGUUAUUUAUAUUCACUUCGAAAAAUUAUUUCAGUUUGCUCGUAGAAUUGAGGAAUUGACAUUCACGAUUCCAUCAGAGGAGAUUCCUUUUCAAGUUGGAAUGUCAAAAGUGGAUCUCCGAAAAACAUUGAAAUCUAGCUUAUCAGGACUGGACAAGACAAUCAGUGCGAUGUAUAGGAAGUUACAGAAAAAUUUGACUUCAGAAGAGUUGUUGCCUUCAUUAUGGGAUAAAUGCAAGAAUGAGUUUUUGGAUAAAUAUGGAAGCUUUCUUCAGCUAGUUGCUAAGAUUUAUCCAAAUGAGACUAUUCCCACAGUGUCAGAGAUGAGAGAACUUCUGGCCUCAAUGUAGACAAAGAUUAAUUAGUGAAAAAAUUGUAGGUCUUGAAGUACAUGUGGUGUGGGUAUAAUUUUCUCCAUGGCUGUACUUAUCAUCUCAUUUACCAAAUGAAGGCAAGGAUUGUUGAUUAUGAUUAAGAUAAUGAUUAUUCUUUUCCUGUUUUUCCUGCUCACUGUUGAACAUUUUGCGGAUUUAAGGAUUGCAUAAUGAUGUAUAUUUUGGAGAAUUUAAAUUUAAGCUACACGUCAUUCUCUCACAUACCAAGUUGGUUAUAUCAUCAGCCAACAUUAUUGGGAGUUGAAAAGUGUUGCAUCAGUUACACCAAAAAUGAAAGGUGAAUGACAACAGCCGAAUUUUAUAGACAAUGAUAUUAGCAGGUGCCAUUAGCUGUCUAGGCAUCACGGCUGAAGCUCACAACUUACCAUCAACUGGUCGGGAGUGGCUGGGAUAUCAACUCCAGCAGCUAAUAAAUAUAAGAGGUCCCGAGGGGUCACCAGGAUCAGCUGAUACUGUUGUUUGCACAUUAAAUGCUGUGUGGUGUAAAGGACUUCUUCUUUCCAAGCAUGUAGUUAAAGUGUUGUAAAUUAGCAGCUGGGAUUGUGGUUGGUGGAAACUUAAAUGGAUCAAAAUGUUAUAUUUCCUGUAUUGUCCAUGGUGUUUGUCAAGCGGUCUCUCUUGUGGCAUCCAGUUGGGAAUAUACAAUUGUUGUUUUGUUCUCUGCCCUCCGACCCAGUCACUCGGGAUGUUGACGAGUAUUUGGGAGUUGGCACAAGACAGAUGAUGCAAGACGCUAGAGGCUGUGGAUGCUUUCCAUUAAAAUAGAAUUCAUGUGGAUCACAAGGUUCAAGUAUUUUAGGCUUCUGUAUCUGUGUGGAGGUAUACUUUUAUUUAAGUAUUCGCAAGCUUAAAUAAGUAUGCAGACGUUUCAUUUGUGUAUGUUUUUUUAAUGUCACGUUGGUCCGGCUGCACGGUUUUAUUUAUGUGUGAUCUCAAAGAAUUCUCCUGCCAUCAUCUCGGUUGGCAACUUAUCAGACU